AUGGCAGAGCAGAGUGCGCAAGAUGUGGUAAACCAAACUCAGUCGGUCGGCGACGCCUCGCCUUCCGACGCACCUGCGACCACAUCCACGCCUGAUAUCAAAGUUUCUGGGGACGACACCGGUGCCGUGGAGGAUACACCGAAGGAGAAUGGAGUUCAUACCCUGUCGAGUCUCAAGAUGGAAGAGCACGACGAUGCGUCAGCUCGUUCCGAUACCGAUACCAGUCGUGCCGAUGGAAGUGUUUCUGGUGACAAGGUUGCCGAAUCCAAACCUCUCAAGAAAUUGGCCGCGAAGCCUGUCAGCUUUGCCAAAUACUCAGUCCCCAAAGUCAUCGCUGCAAGUACCGCGGCCAAAGGCGCCGACAAAGCUGCCAUGCCGAGCUCGUCUGGUGCGUCGCUCACCCAGGCCGGACGGCCGCGAUUAGUCGCCAAGACCACCAGCUCUCUACAAUCCCAGUCCAAGCCUUACAAGACAGUCGCACCAGAUCCAAUGCAGGUCUGGAAUAAAAACAGAGUCACCCCACAACCCUCGGCGAAACACCUGACGGACGAAGAGCUUAAGCAGCAAUACGGUAUCCAUCUAACGUCGCGCAUACAGGCAGAUGGGGAUGGGAAAGAGGCGAAAUGGGCGGACAUCGAUGACGACGAAGACGACUGGGCUCCGGAAACCAUUGAAUGGAAUGAUGGCACUAAGAGCACCUUAACUCCCGCCGAUAUUGCACCACAGGCGAUACAGAAAUCAGCGACGCCAUCUGAAACGGCGGAGGCCGAGCAGUCAAAACCUGCACCUCCUCCGAAGGUCUUGACUUCGCAUUUUGCCAGUUCAGUCGGCCCAAAUGCUACCGUGCUCAAGCUUGGUGCCAGUGUAGAAAGACAGCAUGCGCAGAAGACCUCCAUUCUCCAUGCCAAAGGCUCUUCGGAGAAAUCUUCUCUGGUCGGUUCAAAAACGGCCCCUGCUCCUACCCCAGCAAAAUCGCCGUGGGCGCCGUUGCCUCCCAUGGAAAAGGUCUCACCCAUACCCAUUAUUCCGCAGAUGGCGAUGCCCCCACCAAAUCGCUUACUUCCUGGUCAUUCACACGCUCAAGGUCCUCCGUCCAUGGUCGCUCCGUCUCCGGCUAAGGAGAUUUCCGCCGACGACUUCAAUCGCACCUGGCGCGAUACACAGCCUGGCCAGCCUCGCGAGCUCUAUAUGCCGAACUCAGGACGCUAUGAAGCAGUUCCUGAGAGCCGAAGACGCAUGUCUCGAAAUGACCAGAAUUUCCGAGCACCUGCUGUUUUACAGAGACCAAGCCAUGCCGAUCCACAUGCCCCAGCCGAGCCAUCACCUGCAUUUCAGACACAUCGCACGAGUACAGAUCAAGCGCGCCGAAGAGCGUCUUCAACAAUCUCUGGGGGCAGCGGCCAAUUUGGCCGACGAAUGUCAAUCAAAUCUGGUGAGGCCGCGCCUCCGGUCUUCGAAUCACACAAUCCCGAUGAGGAAGCAGCCAUGCGGCUGCCAUCCACGGAAGGAGCACCGUCGCAAACUCAAACACCGGCAUACCAGGCUCGCGGCACAAAUGAGUCCGUCUCAGGUGACGCAAACUUGGCAAAUGAUCCAGACUUCGAGGUCCAGCGCGCCCAGCAGAGAGCUCUCAUGAAAGAAAAGAUUGAACUGGCUAGGAGACGCAAGGUGGAGGAGGAGCAGCGGUUGGAGGCAGAGAAGCAAGAGCGCAUUCGGUUGAAGUUGGCUUCCCUUGGACUCGAACCCAACGUUGCAAAGAAGGCGCAGGAUACAGAAGAGAAGAAGAACGGCGACCAAUUGGCAGCGCCCUCUGCUUCUGCUUCUGCCAUUGGCGUCGCUGUCGCAGCCACACACUCACCACCGAAGCCACCUCUACCUCUUGCGUCUGGUGCGCCCCAACAGUAUGGAAUGAUGAAAGUCCACCCCAUGGAUUCGGUCAAAAAGUUGGCAACUCCAAUGCCUCGCCCCAGCGAGCCACAGCGCGGGCCUCCUCGUGGAAACGUCGAGGUCGGUGCAGAAGACCCUAAACAAGAAGCAUCUCAAGGACCCUCACCCAUUGUAAAUGGUGUGCGAACAGUACCGGAAAUGCGAAGAACAAGCGGCCAGGAGACGGCCAGUACUGCCGAACCAAGUCCAAAAUUGCCCAAGCCAAGCUCAGUAGCAGGAGAUGCGAGAAGUGGCUGGGGAGACGUACGCCAUGAUCAUCGUCAACCGCAAUCUGGCAAUCUUUGGGGUUUGCCAAACAACAAAUCCCUUGGAAAUGGAACUUUCGACCAGGGUCUCGCAGGGUAUGCACCACAGGACCUUUCACGGACCUCGUCCACGGCACAAGGUUGGAUGAACAGCAGAACGCCUCACGCCAGUCGCUCGCCACAGCCAGAAUAUGUGAAUCACUCUCUCCCAGAUACCAGACCCUUUCCCUACCGACCAGCGGCCUCUCCAGAUCAAGGCCCUCUGGCAGCGGACAGUGAAGUCGACUCUCUCUUACCAAGCACCAAACCUGCACCCAUCGCGCCACCGCAAUCUCAACAAGCCCAUCCCGCCGAUAGCGGUCACCACAAUACUGCGCGGCCACACGGCGUAGAUGCUUGGAGCAAUUUUCAUCAAAUGGCUAGUCAGCAGGAGCGCGCGGAGAAUGAGAGGCUCCAAGGAGAGAUCACGGCUCGCCGCGAAGAAGAGCUGCGGACAGGCAUUCGCCAAGGACCUCAGUAUGUCUUCAAUGAGACGUGGAAGCAGGUGCAGCUCGGCGAUUCUGCCGAACAACGACAAGUUUCAAACGUCUCUCAGUCUGCCGUACCCGCAUCACAUGCCUUUGGAGCUGUGGGAUCAUUGCCUGGCGGUGACCUGGCUCCGAGAAUGAUGGCCAGCCCAUCGGGCCGCGGGUCGAGGUUCUUCCCACACCACGCUGGAGGACAUUCUGCUCCUGAUCGACGAGCUUUUACUUACAGUCAUCCGGAACCGCCGCGGACACCAUCGCCUCCACCAGCAGAAGAGUACUCUAGCUUUCACCCUGUAUUUGACGGUGAUUUCGUGAAGCCUGUUGUACAUUUCCCACGGGAGAAGGCCGUCGUCAAGCUGCCACCAGUCAUGCCGCCAACACCACCAAGUCCACCCCGCUCUCCAAGCACGGCUGACGCCGAUACGUCGUUAAGCUGGGCCGCGAGAGUAUCAAUGCCGCCUGCAGCAGCUCUUCGUGCAGUUUCGACGCCACUUGUGCAGAACCCUUCAUGGCAAGAACGAUUUAAUGGAUUGCUUGGGAAGAAAUCUUCUCAUGCAAGGGAACUUGCUCAGCCUGUGGAUGCGGCUCUGGCGGUCACAUCAUCGACAAAAGAACCUCUGGAUUCACACCACCUUCUCAAACCCACCGCAUCAGUCUCUCUUCCUGCACAUACGGUGCCCCAAGUCGUUGCGGAAGUUGGGCCCUUCGCGAUGACCAAAGACGUUGAGAGCGAGGAUGAUCUUUUCGAAGACAGAGAGCCUGGCUCGCUGCCAGCCAUCCACUUUCCCAAAGAAACUCCAAUGUCUCUGCCGUGGAACCCGCCCUUUGCCGGAAGAAUGCCACCACCGCCAGUGGAUCCUUUCUCGUGUCAGCCUUUCAUGGUUAGCAACCUCUACGAGCGUCAUUCUCCUCUAAAACCUCAGUACGCGCUGAUCCGAUUCCCGGGGCCCAUGAGGUCUAUCAAAAAGGACAUUCCAAUUAAGGGAUCACCAGCCAACAACGGAGGGAGACAGCGGUUUAAUAACAGCACGCCACAAUCGUCUGCAUCUUACGGCGGGAAGAAUCCUCGACACCGAGGUGGUCCGCGAUCUCGAAAUGUGUCCAAAGCGCAUUGA